AUGGCCAAGUGGGAGCGGGAGGAGGAGUGGAGGGGCCUGCUGCACAAGGCAGCCAAAAAGGCCAGCCGCGACAGCAUCGAUACCCUUGCGGACAUCGCGGUGCGCGAUGACAAAAUGGCGUACAAGGCUGUGUGCGCCCUGAUUGUGCACGAGAUGAAGCAGCUGAAGCCGGCGUACCGCCUCAAGCUGCUGUACGUCAUGUCAGCCAUCCUGCGCCAAUCCAAGAGCCGGCGGGGCGAGCGGGACAAGUAUGCGCCGCGCUUUGCGCCGCUGCUGGGCAGCGUGGCAGACCUGCUGGCGCCGCUUCCCGGGGAGCAGCUGGCUUCAGUGCUGAAGGUGCUCGACCUUUGGUGGUGUGACGACAUCUUUGACCCAGCCACCACAGCACGGCUGCAGACGCGCUUCAAGAGCCUGCUGGAAGGGGCCAGGGCCGGGGGCGGCGCCGGCAGCAGCGGCGGCGGCGGCGGCGGCGGCGGCGGAGCAGCGCAGGCUGUGGCGACGUCGGCCACGGGCGCUGCGGCGGUCGCCGCGCAGCACGCGUAUCAGCAGCAGGCGCAGGCGGCGCAGGCGCAGCAGCACAGCAGCCCGCGCGGCGGCACCCUGCUGUCUUCCAUGUCGCCGGGCAGCAUCUCGGCGGGACCGCUGGGCUGGGAGGCGGCGCCCGCCAGCGCGGCAGCCAGCCUGGGGCAGCGGGCGGCAGCCGGGCCGCCGCCCUCUCUCAUGAGCAAGGCUGCUGGAGUGGCCGCGGGGCCGGCGGCGGCGGGAGAGUCGCUGAGCAGCGCGCCGCGGGCGGCGGCGGCGCCGCCGCCGCUGCACACGGUCGGCAGCAGCAGCCAGCUGCUUCCGCAGCAGAGCGCAGAGGCGGCGCCGCCACUGCAGCAGGCAUACGACCCCCUGGAUGCACCAGAGGAUGGCGCCCAGCCAGGCGGCGGCGCAGCAGGCAGGCAGGCGGCCGCGCCCGGGCUGCCGCUGCCUCCGCCUCCGCCGCUGGCAGGCCAGGCGGCGCUGCCUCCGCCACCUGGCGCCCCUGGACUGCCGCCACUACCAGCAGCAGCGAGCGCCUGGUUUGUGCAGCAGCAGCAGCAGCAGCAGCAGCAGCCAUAUGCCGCACGGCCUGCAUCGGCGCCCUGGUCGGCUGCGCCGCAGUUCCCGCCUGGCGAGCCGCCGCAGCCACCGCUGCCUCCCCCUUAUCAGGCGGGCCUAGGCGCAGCAGGACACGCGCAGCCGCCGCCGCCUCCUCCUCCUCCCCCGGGGGAUUUCUUUGCGGCGGCGCCGCUGCCCCCAGCGCCCCCGCCCGCGCCUGCAGCAAACGGUGGCGCGGCGGGCAGCCUGGCAGCCGUGCCGGCGCUGGCGGGCUCGCCAGCUGCGGGGCGCAAGCGCAAAUCGCGCUGGGAUGAUCACUAG